AGACGGUGUACAUUCAAACAGCAGCCAGUACAGAGGAAGGGGACUACCGCAGAUCUGAAUGCAGCGACGGAUCUGCUGGAGUUGGAGAUGACUGGACUCUCACGGCUGAAACAGCAUCCCUCCGCUUUGGGAAUCUGUUUUUUUGGAGUUACAGCGGAGGUUUGAUGUAAAACACGCCAAAACUGGAGGAUUUCUACCUCUGACAUAAGUUAGGCACACUCAGAGAGGAUCACUUGGAGUACUUGUUCUUAAAGCCAUACUGACAGACUGACUCCAGGAUGAAGUCUCACCUCCUCUAUUUGGAGUUACUCCUCUUGGCCGGUCAUAUGCUUGUGACCAGUGCGCAGCUUGAGCCCAAAAAACAAAUUCCCCAAAACCCUGUGGCCGUCACCCAGAGGUUAGGGCUUGUUGAACGGGACGUGCUGGGUCCGGUGAGGCCCAACAUCACCAUGCCGCGCCGUCGGCUCCCGCCCAUGUGCACCGGACCCACAGAGAUCCGAGACACCUUCAAGUACAUCAACACGGUGGUGUCGUGCUUGGUGUUUGUCGUAGGGAUAAUUGGAAAUUCAACUCUGCUGAGGAUCAUCUACAAGAAUAAGUGCAUGAGGAAUGGGCCGAACAUCCUGAUUGCCAGCCUGGCACUGGGAGAUCUGCUGCACAUUAUCAUUGGUAUUCCCAUUAAUGUCUACAAGCUCCUGGCCGAGGACUGGCCUUUUGGGGUGACUCUGUGCAAAGUGGUGCCGUUCGUCCAGAAGGCGUCGGUGGGAAUCACAGUGUUGAGUCUUUGCGCUCUGAGCAUCGACAGGUAUCGUGCUGUGGCCUCAUGGAGCCGAAUCAAAGGGAUCGGCGUUCCAAAGUGGAUGGCCAUUGAGAUCGCGCUCAUCUGGAUAUUAUCCAUCAUCCUGGCCGUUCCAGAAGCCAUCGCCUUCGACAUGAUCACCAUGGACUACAAAGGAGAGCACCUGAGGAUCUGUUUGCUACACCCCAUGCAGAAAACAGAGUUUAUGAGGUUUUAUAAAUCUGCAAAGGACUGGUGGUUGUUCAGUGCAUAUUUCUGCCUGCCAUUGGCCUGCACUGCUGUUUUCUACACCCUGAUGACCUGUGAAAUGUUGAGGAAGAAGAAUGGUGUCCAGAUUGCUCUUAGUGAUCACCUAAAACAGCGGAGGGAGGUGGCUAAGACGGUGUUCUGCCUGGUGUUGGUCUUCGCUCUGUGUUGGCUGCCUCUACAUCUCAGCCGCAUUCUCAAACUCACCAUAUACGAUGAAAAAGACCCGAACCGAUGUGAACUACUCAGUUUCUUCUUGGUGUUGGACUACAUUGGUAUUAACAUGGCGUCAGUCAACUCCUGCAUCAACCCCAUCGCCCUCUACAUGGUCAGCAAGCGUUUCAAGAACUGCUUCAGGUCCUGCCUGUGCUGCUGGUGCUUGCCUGCAGAAAUGUUGAUGGAUGAGAAGCAGUCGUGCAUGAAGUUGAAAGUCACCGACCGAGCCUCAGACCAGAGCAACUCCCGCAUGACCAACAAGUCCACGACGGCCUGAGGAGGAGCCUAAGACUGAGGGGGAACGGUACGGUAACAAGACCAAAAAAAUAACAAGUUAGAAAAAUAAAGGGUGGUUGAUGGAACGAGGAUAAAUGGCUUUCAACUCUUUACGUGCCUUCGGAAAACCAGACCUCAUAGAGACUCUCACUUAAAAUUCUUUGCUGUUAUACCGCACAGCAUCCCAUCCGAGGAUCAAUAAACUAACUUCAGAAGGUGUAUUCCCGGAUUAAGAAUGUGAUAUGUGUGAAGCAAUCUGGUAAAAAUGAAAUGCACAGGGGGCAAAGUUCACCAGAGGAACCAAUGUUAUGAAAAACUGAGGAAGCGAAAGACGGCUCGCCGAGCUCAAACAGCCUGGAUACUGAAUGUUAUUUUUCAAAGCUAGGAGUCUUAGAGGAAGUUGAGCAUUGUGUUUUAGGUGCGGCAGCGUGUACGAGCAUGGUGCUGCUUUAAAGGACUGCAGGAAAAGCUGAAACAGUGACUCUUAUGCUCUUGUGUGUGUACUUUGUCAUGCGCAGUAUUUCCUUUAUAAUGUGUGUGUGUGUGUGUGUUAUGAGCAGAGGCAUUGUGCAUACUUUUUCACUUGUCAUGUUAGACUUUUUUUGUUUGUUUGUUUGUUUGUUUGUUUGUUUGUUUUACCACUAGUUAUUGAACUACUGAAGGUAUGUGAUUUUGGCUGUUUGGCCAUUCCGCUCUUGUAUUAUAUUGUUCAAUAUUGGUUCUAUUCUUUAAUCUUCAUAUGUUUAAAUCUUUAUUUGACCAAAUAGUACAGUAUCUUAAUCUCACUCAUUACCUCAGAUGGUAUUUUAAGAGGAAGGAGUGCCUUUUUGCAAUAAAUAUGUAAAAUAAAUAAAUGACAAACC